AUGGCAACCUUUCUUCAGUCUCUGCCGGUUUGCUCGGCCAUUCGCAAGCAAUCCACCGCUGUCCCUUUCUCCAUCCACAAAGCCUCACAGUCCAUUGCAUCCUCGGGACCGCGUAGUUCUUUCUCCACACUUUCCUCCUCCGCUAGUCUGAUCACCUCCCCCCUCCGAUCUUCUGUGCGCCUCAAUGUCCGCUCCACCUCCUCCGCACAGCAAUGUCGCACCUUCAUCGCCCAACUGAGCCGCCGUCAUUCUCAGACGCUCAAGGAGAGCGCGCCGACGACUCCGCAACCGCCCGCCAACCUCCAACUCACCAACCUCCCCUACUUCAUCCGCCGCACCGCCUCCAACCUCCUCCCUGUAUACAUCGAUAAGAAAGCCGGUGGUACCAAGCGCGAAACCAAGCUGCAGAAGACGGAAGGUGAUCUCGACGCCUUGAGAUCGGAUCUGGCACAGUAUCUGGGUCUGGAGUCGGGCGACCCGCACGCCCCCAAGAGUCCUGAGGUGACGAUCAACCGUCUGAACGGUCACAUUAUUGUCAAGGGCUGGCGGAAACGGGAGAUCGAACAAUUCCUGAUGGAGCGCAACUUCUAG